AUGGCUUUACGUUAUCAUCCCGAGUUUCUCAAAGAAGCUGGCCCCGUGCUACAACAACUCGCACGGGUCCCGAAACCGCCACUCCACGAUGUUACAACCCGACGAGCCCUGCUGGCGUCCAUGACGAACGAUAUACCUCCACUGCCGGAAGAUAUCGAGAAGCUAGUUCACCAUGUUGCGACCGCAGAUGGUCACCAAGUGGUGAUAUAUCAUUUCCGCCAGCGGAGCACCGCUCACGAUGGUUCAAAGCCGGCUGUUGUGCACAUCCACGGAGGCGGAUAUAUCUCCUUAACCGCAGAGCAAUGUUCUGUACCACAUUUGGCAUCUGUCUCACGUACGGGUGUCCAGAUCUUGACGAUCGACUAUCGACUUGCUCCAGAACACCCAUAUCCAGUUCCCCUGGAUGACUGCUGGGCUGCUCUUCAGUGGAUACACGACAAUGCUGCUUCACUAUCCAUCGACACUGCGCGCAUCGCGUUGAUGGGUGAAAGUGCAGGCGGCGGUCUGGCUGCGGCUUUAACCCUCAAAGCUCGCGAUACAGGUCUAUCGCCACCAAUCGCGAAGCAAAUCCUCAUCUAUCCCAUGCUGGAUGACCGAACAACCACCAACCAUGCGGGGGAACUCGCGUUCUGGAACGAGAUUGACAAUAUCACCGGGUGGACAGCAUAUGUCGGUUCAGAUGCAGGAACGGACAAGAUUGAUGCGUACGCUGCACCGGCACGGGUAGAAAAUGUUAUAGGUCUUCCACCGCUGUAUCUAGAUUGUCCACAGUUGGAUAUCUUCGUUCAUGAGGGACUCGAGUAUGUGCGGAAAUUUGUCGAGGCUAAUGUCCCUACUGAGUGCCAUAUCUACCCCGGUCUUCCACAUGGAUUCGAGGCCUUUGCACCGUUGGCUGGUGUAACACAGCAUGCUAUUGAGAAUCGGGAUAGGGCUAUGAGUAGCUUUUAA